AUGAGUCGCCGUCGAGCAGAAUCCACGGCUGUAGCUCUCUUGAGCUCAGCAGCUCGCUCACCAACUAAAUCCCACCUCCAAAUGCCCCUCCGUCGCCUCAAUGGUUUCCACGGCCUCAGCACCUGCUCGACCUUUACUCGGCGACGGCCCAUUGUUGCGUGCAAUCAUGCCCAGAUCUUCAACGACGGACGGAGAUAUGUUUCUCAGGCGAAGGAUGCUAAGAUCGCGGUAUUGGGUGGCGGCUUGACUGGCCUGACGACGGCCUACUACCUUGCGAAGAAACUCCCCUCCACCGCAAAGAUCACAUUGUAUGAAUCGAGCGAUAGGCUGGGAGGGUGGAUCAAGACGGAUAGAGUGCCGGUUGAUAUCGAGGGAAAGAAGGGUACCGUGGCGUUUGAGCGUGGCUCGCGAUCGUUGACUUCUUUGGCUGGCAAUACCUUUCGCUUCGACGACCUUGUGCUCUACGAUCUCGCCCUUGAUCUAGGCCUCACCAUAAACUCGCCUGCAACCCUGCCGCGAUACAUAUACUACCCCGACCACCUCGUCUCCAUGCCCCCCAACGUCAGCAUCUUCGAUAUCUUCCGCGAGCCCCUCUACCUCGAGAGCAUCGGUGCCAGUAUUGGACUGGGCAUCAACACACUGCGCCAGCGACAACUCCCCGCUGAGGAUGAAUCCGUUGCCGACUGGCUUUACAAGAUCACCAACAGCAGGAAAGGUGUAGGCACCUUGGCAUCGGCCAUGAUGCACGGCAUCUACGGCGGCGACAUCACAAAGCUGAGUGCUCGCAGUGUGCUAGAUCGCAUCUACUGGGGUUGGUAUCUGCCAAACCCCGGCCUGUCUGCGCGUCCAAUGCCUGUACCAGAGCAGAUGAUUCUCGAGACACUGGGCCAGGAUAGGCAGAUCCAGAAGAUGGCGCUGGAGCCUAAGAGUGCACUGUUGGACUUUGGUGACAAGGGUAUGGAGACGCUGCCGCAAGCUAUUAGUGCUGCGCUGCGAGAUCAGCCGAACGUCACUAUUAAGACUGGCGAGGCUGUUCAAGAGCUUUUCUAUGACAAGGCCAAGCAGCAGGUCAACAUUACCGCCUCAAAUGCCAAAGACAAGACCAACCCUAACUCACAGAUAUACGACAAGGUCAUUUCAACAUUCUCCGCCCAGCAAACCGCUCGUUUUACAGGAGAUAAACUCCCUGCCCUCUCCACAGCGCACUCCGUCUCUGUCAUGACGGUCAACGUCUGGUUCCCUCAGGAGGACCUCAAGCCUCCUGGUUUCGGCUAUCUUAUCCCCAACACUGUGGCCCCUGAGCUCAACCCGGAGCAUGCCCUCGGCGUCUUCUUCGAUUCCGACGUCGGCACACGCUCCAAGGAUGAACCCGCAGGCACCAAGCUCUUCGUUCUCAUGGGCGGUCACUACUAUGAUCGUCCCGAUGUCACCCCUCCUACUGAAGAAGAGGCCAUUAUCCAAGCCCGUAACCUCCUGGAGCGACAUCUCGGCAUCCCGCGCGAUGCUCCAGCGUACGCCACAGCCAAUUUCGCCAAGGAGUGUAUUCCUCAGCACUACGUCGGCCACCAGGAUCGCCUGCGCAACGCACACGCUGAGUUGACUGAUAGUUUUGGUGGACGUCUCGCUGUCGCCGGUGGCUCGUACUCUCGUAUCGGCACAAUUGCUAGUCUGCGUGCUGGUUACGAUGCCGCCACCGCGACAAAAGAGAGCCUUGAGGCUACAGGUCUGGAAUAUCUUCUUAAUAUUCAGCAGUUUGCAGUCGUGGAUACAGAUGAGAUUCCCGUGCGACAUUUUAAGUAG